GUACAUCUCGUCUCACAAGAAAUCAGGAAGACUUCAUUCACGACAUGGAGCACGUCAACGUCGCGUUUAGCGACAGCGAGGGCGACGUUACAACUCUAAAACAACGCCAAAACAACAAAAGCGACGUGUAUGGAGUAUGUUGUGCCUCGUCCGGAGACGUCCCCACCAAGACGCCGGUGGGGGAGGAUGUCAACGCCCAUGUGAACGACCCUGGGCUGGAGUACGGGGUGGAGGAUGUGCCCCCAACCCACUUGUGCCUUGUCUUCGGUUUACAGCAAGUGCUGCUGAGCAUCAGCUCCACCAUCUCCAUCCCACUCGUGGUGUCCAACAACAUCUGCGCCGGGGACAUGGAGCUGGUCAAGUCGGAGAUCAUGUCCACCUUCCUCGUCAUGUGUGGCGUGUGUACCAUCCUGCAGUGUGUCGUCGGUGUGAGGCUGCCAAUAGUUCAAGGUGGAUGCCACAAGUUCCUGCCGGCCAUUGCUGCCCUCAUGGCUCUAGAACGAUGGAAGUGCCCGGAUCUUGGACCAGGUGGACAGGUAUUAAACGCUGAUGGCUCAAACUCGUCGCUGACCAGAACCGAUGUUUGGCAAAUGCGUAUGAGAGAGAUUCAGGGUGGUAUUAUGCUUGCCUCUCUUGUGCAAAUUUUCGUUGGCUGCACGGGACUGCUGGGGAUCCUGCUGCAGUUCCUGGGACCAAUCACCAUUGUUCCCACUAUCAGUCUCGUGGGACUGUCUUUGACUGGGGUGGCGCUGAACUUCUGCCAGAAACAUUGGGGGAUAACGGUUUUGACUGUCGGCCUCGUUUUUCUCUUCGCUCUCUACAUGAGAAACAUCCGGGUCCCGUUCCCAGCCUACACACGUGACAAGGGAUGUCACAUGACCAGAUAUCCCAUAUUCAAACUCUUACCUGUAUUUCUAGCUGUGGUGAUAGCUUGGUCAUUUUGCGCCAUCCUCACCGCAACCAACGUCUUCCCGACGGUGGGAGAAGCCAGGUUUGCCAGGACGGACGUAAAGAUGGCCGUGGUGGACAGUGCCAGCUGGGUGUUUUUCCCAUAUCCAGGGCAGUGGGGUAUGCCUACAAUAACAAUUGCAAGCUUCAUGGCGAUGUUUGCAGCGACCAUCACCUCCAUUAUUGAGUCUGUUGGUGAUUACUACGCAUGCGCAAGAAUCUCGGGCGAAGCUCAACCACCUGCGCAUGCGAUUAACCGCGGCAUUGCAAUAGAAGGGUUUGGAAGUCUCAUUUCCGGUGCUGUUGGGUCUGGAGGCGCAACGACAUCGUAUAGCCAGAACGUCGGAGCCAUAGGUUUCACAAAAGUUGCCAGCAGAGCGGCCUUCAUCGUAGCCGGCCUCAUCUUCCUGUUGUCGGGACUGAUUGGCAAGGUGGGGGCGUUGCUGACGAUGAUGCCGGACCCAGUCCUCGGGGGAAUCGUUGUCAUUAGUUUCGGCAUGGUGACGGCAGUUGGCUUGUCAACGUUGUCCUAUAUUGACCUUUCAUCUGGACGCAAUCUGUGCAUCAUCGGAUCGUCUUUACUCAUUGGAUUGAUGGUCCCCCAGUACUUCAAUAACAACCCGAAGGCUAUAGACACAGGGAGCGAGGACUUGGACCAGGUUCUUACCGUUCUGCUGAGGACGUCGAUGUUUGUGGGUGGGAUGCUCGCCUUCUUCCUGGACAACACUGUACCUGGCACGUAUGAGGAGAGAGGAAUUCUAGAAUGGCGAAAAAAAGCAGACGACAAUUCCCUCGGCGGCAAUCACACCAGCAUCUACGACCUUCCCAUCAUCACACCUUUCUUGAGGAAAUGUGGAUGUUCGCGUUACGUCCCCUUCUUGCCGACGUUUAACUUUCGAGUUACCUCCCCUGUGAAGUACGUGAUGAAGAAACUGCGACGGAAAAAACAACCAGCCGAGACGAGACAAGAUACGAAAUUGUAAUAUGCAAUAGCGUUAUACCUCCUUCCAAGACAACAUAACAAAACUGUCGACAUUAUUUUUACUAAAUUUACACAUGGACGUUGAGCGCCAUACGUUGUUUCUUUUACAAACAAUUUUAGGUAUUGUAGCAUAUGCUUGUGCAAGGUUUAAACGUAUGUUUUAACUAAAUUGUAUUGUCGUCUUCAGCGUAUAGUCCAAGUAUUUGAACGUAAUUUAUUUGUUGUUUAACACCGAACUCAGCUUUAUUGCAGCUAUACGAUGAAACUAGUGGUCGAUAUUACGAGCAACGAUCAAUGACGUCAGGGUACGUGACCACCUGAUCAGGUCUGUUGCCUCCUACCACCAGCAUGGGUCAGUGCUGGAGACCAAGUCCUACUGCACUGAGGAUAGUGGCGCUAAACAACAUACAA